GUCGCAGCCAUUUUUUUUUUUUUUUGUCUUGCAGCGAAGCGUAAAGGACAGCCACUGAAGCGAAGCGACGACAGCAACCGGAACCGAGUCCUGACUAUUUACUAGUAUGAGCACCAACCUCCCCACCAGAACCUUAAUCUCGUCAGUUUUCUGGUCUCUGUUUCACCGUUCGCUUUGGUGUAAGUUCUUUGGCUCUCUCUCUCUCGUUCGGCUGCAGUUAUUCUUUGAUUGUUUAUUGAUGAAGGGAAUAUAUGCUUGAAAUUGUCCUUCCUUCGAAUUGGCUGAACUGGAGUUUACUUCUCCCUUUGGGGUGCUGCGAAACUCGGCGAAAAGGAGCAAAAACCAUAAUCUUUUGAGGUCUCCUUUUAGGUAAAGCUCUCGUCAACUGAGUGUCUCAAGAAUUCCUCUGAGUUGACGUGAGCUUCAACUCUUGGUGUCUCCAAUCUUGAAGACUGAUAAUAUGGCCUUUGCAUAUGGCUUUGCUUCUUCCACGAAAUUGAGGUUUUUACCUUUCCCGUCCUUUUCACAUCAAUCGGCUGCCCUUCAGCUUUUUGCGACUCCAUCUAAGCAAAAUUGCACCAUAGCUUGUUAUUUGAGAAUACGAUCGGGAAUUCGCAGCCAAAAAAAUCAUCCCUUUUCCACCACUGGAACUAGAAGGUUCCCCAGAUUUUCGCUGAGCAAGCCUCUGGAAUUGGAGCAAUUCGUGACGAGUGAUGAUGAAGAUGAAAUGAGCGAUGGGUUCUUUGAGGCAAUCGAGGAAUUAGAGCGGAUGACGAGGGAGCCGUCUGAUGUUCUCGAGGAAAUGAAUGACCGUCUCUCGGCAAGGGAAUUGCAGUUGGUGCUCGUGUACUUCUCUCAAGAGGGGAGGGACUCGUGGUGUGCACUUGAGGUAUUUGAGUGGUUGAAGAAGGAGAACAGGGUUGAUAAGGAGACCAUGGAGCUCAUGGUUGCGCUAAUGUGCGGUUGGAUGAAGAAGUUGAUUGAAGGAGCACAUGAUGUUGGUGAUGUGGUUGACCUUCUGGUUGACAUGGACUGUGUUGGCUUAAAGCCUAGCUUUAGCAUGAUCGAGAAGGUGAUUUCGCUGUAUUGGGAGGUCGCAAAGAAGGAUGAGGCAAUUCUGUUUGUCAAGGAAGUCUUGAGGCGCGGCAUUGCUUAUUCCGAUGAUGAUGGCGAGGGUCAUAAAGGAGGCCCAACUGGGUAUCUGGCUUGGAAGAUGAUGGUGGACGGCAACUACAGGGAUGCGGUCAAAUUGGUGAUACAUCUCAGAGAAUCGGGGCUUAGGCCGGAGGUUUACAGCUACCUCAUUGCGAUGACUGCUGUGGUUAAAGAGCUAAAUGAAUUUGCUAAAGCCUUGCGCAGGCUGAAAGGACUUGCUAAGAAUAGUUUGAUAGCUGAUCUUGAUGUUGAAAACGUUGCUCUAAUUGAGAAGUAUCAGUCAGAUAUCCUGGCUGAUGGCAUCUGCUUAUCCCAAUGGGUCAUAGAAGAGGGAAGCUCCUCUAUUCGUGGAGUAGUUCAUGAGAGGCUUCUUGCCAUGUAUAUAUGUGCUGGUCAUGGUCUUGAAGCAGAAAGACAGCUUUGGGAAAUGAAGCUUGUGGGUAAGGAAGCUGAUAGUGACCUUCACGACAUUGUUUUAGCUAUCUGUGCUUCCCAGAAGGAGGUCAACGCUAUAGGACGCUUGCUUACUAGAACGGAGAUUGCUAGUUCUAUGCGGAAGAAAAGAACCUUCUCGUGGUUGUUGAGAGGCUAUAUUAAAGGUGGACACUUUGAUGACGCUGCCGAUGCUCUAAUUAAAAUGCUUGACUUGGGUGUGUAUCCAGACUAUUUGGACCGGGCAGCUGUGCUGCAGGGCUUGAGAAGUAGAAUUCAACAAUCAGGAGAUGUGGGUGGUUAUCUCAAACUUUGCAAGCGCCUUUCCGAUGCCAAUUUGAUUGGACCUUGUCUGGUGUAUGUCUAUGUUAAGAAACAUAAGCUUUGGAUCGUGCGGAUGCUUUGAAUGGUUCAGAUAAAGAGCUCAGAGGCUCCUAUAUCCCACUUUUUGUUUGAGGUCGAUGACUUCUUAAGAUACAGCGCUAGAUGCCAGUUGUUUAGCUCUGGUUUCUCGCUUUGUAAAUUCUGUACAAUGUGUCAGUGUCUUGGUUACAAAAUGAAGGCAUUUUCUACACGUUGGUGUCUGUAAACACGAGGAAUUGUUCAGUAUAUAUUUUGUCUAAUACACAAAUACAUGAACUACGGCCUACAAGUAUAAUUUUGCAUAAUAUGGUUUUAAUAUUUACUCGU